AAGCAAAUGUCAGUCAGGCUGAAUAGUCAGUCAGAUGAUUAUAAAAUUCCUAAUAUUUCCUGUGUGAAUGUACUAUUCAUAAUUAUUCCAUAAUAUUCAACAUCUUCUUGAUUUAAUCGAGUCACGUAAUAAUAUCUGUGAUUUAAGUUUAUUCUAUUUUGCACUACUUAUUGCGAACAAUUUACGAUAUUUUUUUAGUAAUAGGUUCGAGCUAGGUUCCUACCUAAUCGUUAUUGUUUUAAUUUUCCAAUCAAUCAAAUUAAAAAUCUUAUCAGCAGGCCAAGAAUAUGUCGAGUGAUAAGAAAAAAGCUCUCUUUAUUUGUCUAGGUAAUAUUUGUAGAUCCCCAAUAGCUGAAGGUGUAUUUCAAAAAACUGUAAAUGAAAUGGGUUUAGGGGAUAAGUGGGAAAUAGACAGUGCAGCAAUUGGUGGCUGGCAUGUUGGGAAUCCGCCUGAUUGGAGAGCCCUGGAUACUAUGAAGAAACAUAAUGUCCCUUAUAGUAACCAUGCUAGGCAGAUAGUCACAGAUGAUUUCCAGCACUAUGAUUACAUAUUUGGCAUGGAUGAAUCGAAUAUGAAGGAUCUUAAUAAAAGAGCACCCAAAGACUGCAAAGCUAAAUUACUUCUGUUUGGUGACUUUGAUCCUCAGGGAGAACGGAUUAUAAGGGAUCCUUACUAUGACAGUGAUUCAAAGGGAUUUGAAAAGUGUUACCAGCAAUCAUUGAGAUGCUCUAAAGGAUUCCUGGAACAUAUUGAAAAGGAAACUGAUAAAUAAUACUAAAACAUAUUAUAUUAUUUACUGCUUUUUUAAUAAUACAGUAUGAUAUAAAAGUU